GGCGUCGGAUAGUAGCAUUUGCAAUUUUGUAUGUACCACUAGCGCCAAAAACAUUCAGGUAUUUAUUUUAUUUUAGCCACUAUAAAUUGGAAAAAUCUUAUCUUCAGUUCCAAACGACCAACUGAAUUCACUCUGUUCACUGAAUCGAUGACCAGCUGCAACCUUAUUCCGCUCCCCUCAAAAACCAACCUAAAACAUCCUCCAAAUUCCCAAGACCCUCGCUCUUUUCGUACAAAUAAUGUAAACAAUCUACGAUUCUCUCGUCACUUAAAAGAACAACAUUUGCCCAACAAAUACCCAAAACACAGCAAUUUGCCCAACUUAUUAUCAGUCCACACAAAGAACCCACAUGCCAUUUACAAAGACAUUCAAAGAUUUGCCCACCAAAACAAGCUCAAAGAAGCACUUACCAUUCUUGACUAUUUAGACCAUCGUGGUAUUCCCGUAAAUCCCACCACAUUUGCUUCACUUAUAGCUGCUUGUGUUCGUUUGAAAUCCUUAAGUGCUGCUAAAAUUGUGCAUACCCAUAUAAGAAUUAAUGGCCUCGGAAAUAAUGAGUUUCUACAAACUAAGAUUGUCCACAUGUAUACAGCUUGUGGGUGUGUUGAAGAUGCGAAAAAGGUGUUUGAUGAAAUGCCUGUUAGAAGUGUGUACCCGUGGAAUGCAUUGCUUAGGGGCAAUGUGGUAUUGGGUGGACGUAAGUAUCGUGAUGUCCUGGGUACAUUUUCGGAUAUGCGGGUAUCGGGAGUGGAGUUGAAUGUGUAUAGUUUCUCUUGUUUGAUCAAGAGUUUUGCUGGUGCUAGUGCGCUUUUUCAAGGUUUGAAAACUCAUGGAAUUUUGAUCAAGAAUGGUUUUUUAGGAAGUGACAUAAUUAGGACUAGUUUGAUUGACAUGUAUUUCAAGUGUGGCAAGGUUAGGCUUGCUCAUCGCAUGUUUGAGGAGGUUGAGGAGAGGGAUGUAGUUAUGUGGGGUGCGAUGAUAGCUGGUUUUGCUCAUAAUAGGCUGCAAAGGGAGGCAUUGGAGUAUACAAGAUCGAUGAUAAAGGAAGGGCUAGAGGUGAAUUCUGUUAUUCUAACAACUAUUCUUCCGGUUAUUGGAGAAGUAUGGGCAAGAAAACUUGGCCAAGAGGUACAUGCUUAUGUGAUCAAGACAAAGGAAUACUCUAAGCAGUUGUUCAUUCAAUCUGCCUUAGUUGAUAUGUAUUCCAAGUGCGGAGAUAUAGUAUCAGGAAGAAAGGUUUUUUAUGGGUCAAAAGAGAGGAAUGCAAUUUCUUGGACUGCUCUAAUCUCGGGUUACAUCUUAAACGGGAGACUCGAGCAGGCGUUGAGAUCAGUUGUGUGGAUGCAACAAGAAGGUUUUAAGCCUGAUCUUGUAACUGUCGCCACCGUCCUCCCUGUUUGUGGGAAACUGAAAGUAUUAAAGCAAGGGAAAGAGAUUCAUGCUUAUGCAGUGAAAAAUGGUUUUUUGCCUAAUGCAUCUGUAGCUACUUCCCUAAUGAUGAUGUACUCAAAGUGUGGUUUGCUUCAAUAUUCAUCUAGAGUUUUUGCGAGCAUGGAGAAGAGGAAUGUUAUAUCAUGGACAGCCAUGAUGGAUUCAUAUAUUGACUCUGGGUGUCUGGAGGAAGCACUUGCUGUUUUUCGGUCAAUGCAGUUGUCAAAGCACCGGGCAGACUCUGUUGCAAUGGGAAGGGUUUUAAGUGUUUGUGGAAAAUUAAGACUUUUGAAACUUGGGAGAGAAGUACAUGGUCAAAUUCUGAAGAAAGAUAUAGCAUCUGUACCUUUUGUUUCUGCAGAACUUGUGAAGAUGUAUGGGGGUUGUGGUGCAAUUGAUAAAUCGAGGAUUUCCUUUUAUGCAAUAGCUGUCAAAGGAUCUAUGACUUGGACUGCUAUUAUUGAAGCUUAUGGAUUGAAUGGCCAAUAUGGAGAAGCAAUAAGCGUGUUUAAGCAGAUGAUAUUGAAGGGGUUUAACCCAAACCAUUUUACUUUUAAAGUUGUUUUCUCUAUUUGUGAGCAAGCUGGAUUUGCUGAUGAGGGAUGUCAAUUCUUCACUAUGAUGACACGAAAAUAUAAGAUAAAGGCAUCUGAAGACCAUUAUACUAGCAUUAUUAACCUUCUGCAUCAUGUUGGUCGCAUUGAGGAGGCUGAAAAGUUUGUGCUUCUCAAGCAAUCCUUGGCAUGAGUUAGAGGGGAAAAUUGUCUUUAUUGCAUGUUGAUGAGACGUGGUUAUGCAUACAGUAGACACAAACCAUUGGCCUGCAGUAGAUUCUGCUGUUCUCUUUCAAUCAACAUUGGUGGGAAGACUAAUAGUUCCUCAAACUGAAAGGUUUCACAUAAGGAGCAUGAGAAAGGACCUUUGAAAUGAGAUGCUGUGUUUGGGAAUGUGCCACUUCUCAUGGCAGUGAUUACUUUGAUAUGUAUCUAGUGGAAGAUGUUAAUGCAGAUUCAAAUGGUGCUGGUCAUACCCUUCCAUAGCGCCAUUCUAGCAAUUCUAGCAUAAGCUUUGUUGUAUAAAACUCUGUAUUUGUAAAUCUACUGUCAGCUUCUAAACUUUAAGCCACUUAGUGAGUGACGGCUUAAGGUCAAGAGAAGCAAUCUUAGAAAAAUCAGACAGCACCAUGAUCAUACUUAAUUUUGCUGUGAAAAUAGCAGGUUGUAUAAUGUUUGAAAUCCACAAUGUCAUUCAUCAAACUAGCGGCGA